UUUGUUUACAACUUCCAAGCUUAUCGACAGAACAAAGUUUAUAAAUAACUGCUGGUCAAAUGUCAAAUCAGAUUAGACGUUCCUUUUCUUCACCGGCUGCGAUAGUGUUCUCCUUAAACAAGUUACACUAGUGUACAAUUUAAUACAUAAAUUACAAAAACGAAACAAAAUGAGGUUGUGGUUAAUUCCAUUGUUAAUAAUAAAAUUAAUAAGCGCAACGCCUACACCCAUCGUCUUGUGGCACGGCAUGGGUGACACAUGCUGCAUGUCCUUUAGUCUUGGUUCCUUCAAAAUAUUCCUAGAGAAGAACAUACCUGGUGUUUAUGUUCUGUCUCUCCAAAUUGGCAAUAAUACUGUUGAAGAUUUUGAAAAUGGAUAUUUCAUGAACCCGAAUCUCCAAGUUGAAUAUGUAUGUGAGAAGUUAGCGGCCGAUCCAAAACUAUCAAACGGAUUCAAUGUCAUGGGUUUCUCACAGGGAUGUCAGUUUAUUCGAGCUGUAGUACAAAGAUGUGGUCAUAAACUACCACAAAUUAAAAACAUGGUGUCUCUCGGAGGUCAGCACCAAGGCAUCUAUGGCAUACCUCAUUGUGGUGCCUUGAGACACGAAACAUGUGAUGAUGUGAGGAAGCUACUCAAUUACGCUGCAUAUAACAGCUGGGUACAAAAUUCACUGGUUCAAGCGACAUAUUGGCACGAUCCUUUAGACGAGCGGACAUAUGAGGCAAACAGCGUAUUUCUAGCGGACAUCAACAACGUGAGGACCGUCAACAAGACGUAUAUACAGAACUUGAAUAAUCUAGAAAGAUUCGUGCUGGUGAUGUUCGAUAAUGAUAGCAUAGUGCAGCCGAAGGAGACGGAAUGGUUCGGUUUUUACGCUCCGGGACAGGCCGAGAAAUUGGUAUCGUUAAGGGAAUCUAAGAUUUAUUUGCAGGAUCGACUCGGCCUCAAGAAAAUGGAUAAAGCGGGAAAAUUAAUUUUCUUAUCAACGCCCGGCGACCAUCUACGUUUCACAGAAGAAUGGAUGAUCAAAAACAUAAUUAAACCUUAUCUUUCUAGUUAAUUUUUUAUUUAUGCUCUAAGAGUUCACGCGAUGACGCGCCCUCAAUUAAAUACUCUGCUUAUCUUGUUAAGAACCUGAUGAAUAAAGGAAUAAAUUUUAUUGGUGUUAAAACUUUUAUUAUACACUAUG